AUGGCCGGCUGCUGCUGCCUGUCCGCGGAGGAGAAGGAGUCGCAGCGCAUCAGCGCCGAAAUCGAGCGGCAGCUUCGCCGGGACAAGAAGGACGCGCGCCGCGAGUUCAAGCUGCUGCUGUUGGGAACUGGUGAAAGUGGCAAAAGCACCUUUAUCAAGCAAAUGAGAAUCAUCCAUGGGUCUGGCUACAGCGAUGAAGACAGGAAGGGGUUCACGAAGUUAGUUUACCAAAACAUAUUCACCGCCAUGCAAUCCAUGAUCAGAGCCAUGGACACCCUGAGGAUACAGUACGUGUGUGAGCAGAAUAAGGAAAACGCCCAGCUCAUCCGAGAAGUGGAAGUGGACAAGGUCUGUGCGCUCUCCAGGGACCAGGUGGAGGCCAUCAAGCAGCUGUGGCAGGACCCGGGAAUCCAGGAGUGUUACGACAGGAGGAGGGAGUAUCAGCUCUCGGACUCUGCCAGAUAUUACCUGACCGACAUUGACCGGAUCGCAAUGCCGUCCUUCGUGCCAACCCAGCAGGACGUGCUUCGUGUUCGCGUGCCCACAACCGGCAUCAUCGAGUAUCCGUUUGACUUGGAGAACAUCAUCUUUCGGAUGGUAGACGUUGGUGGCCAGCGAUCUGAGAGACGGAAAUGGAUUCAUUGCUUUGAGAGCGUCACCUCCAUUAUCUUUUUGGUUGCUCUGAGUGAAUACGACCAGGUCCUGGCCGAGUGUGACAACGAGAACCGCAUGGAAGAGAGCAAAGCCUUAUUUAAAACCAUUAUUACCUACCCCUGGUUUCUGAACUCAUCCGUGAUUUUGUUCUUAAAUAAGAAGGAUCUUUUGGAAGAGAAAAUCAUGUACUCUCAUCUAAUUAGCUACUUCCCAGAAUACACAGGACCAAAGCAGGAUGUCAAAGCUGCCAGAGACUUUAUCCUGAAGCUUUACCAAGAUCAGAAUCCUGACAAAGAGAAAGUCAUCUAUUCUCACUUCACGUGUGCUACAGACACGGAGAAUAUCCGCUUUGUGUUCGCUGCCGUGAAAGACACGAUUCUCCAGCUCAACCUGAGGGAGUUCAACCUGGUUUGAAAGCUGCUGUGCACUUCUCACCCAUUCCAGAAGACAGGAUUUGCAAGCUCCUCACAUAUUUGCAAGUGCUUGUGACGUCACCCACCCCUGGCAGCACGGAGCCCGUCAUGCAGGCCAUGGGGCCAGGUGUCGGACCUUACGAGAUAUUUGAGUGUGGCACCCUUUUUCAAAGUCUUGAUUCCCAAAUUGUUUUUAUAUUUCUUUUCUUGAGUUUUGGCUCUAACAUUUUGUGUAAGUUUUGAAUUUGAUAUUUUAUAGAAUUUUUAAAAGCCACUGUGAUUUAUGUUUUUUUAAGUGUGUUUAAUAGGCAUUAACACAUCAUGUAACAUGCGUCUGUUAGUUUAUAGAUCAUACCUUGAGACCUCUAGGAUGAGUUUGGGUGAUAUUUUCAAAAAAGAAAAUUAACGGGUUUGAAGCUUUUUAUUAAAUCUUGUAAUUUAGAGAUUUUAGAUUGUUUUUCUCUCUCCAUGCUGAACUAUGCAUUAUUUUUUUGGUUUUGUUUUUUUUGUGUUAAAUAUUCUUAAGCCAAACUGAUGACUAUAUUAAUAUAUCUAACUUAGUUUUGCCAUAAUUUGAUCACCAUGCAGCCAAAGUUGACAUAAGUGGGCUUGAGAUAGCAAUCGUGCUGUACUGGUAAAAAAUGUGUGUGUGUUUUAUGUGUGUAUAUAUAUACAUGACCAAGUCUUGUAAACUUACGAAAUGGCUAAAAGCCUAAACUGUUUAACCAGUGUAAUGCAACCCCUGCCCAAGUUCUGAUGGCCACCACAGUUUUGCUGUUUGAACCGUGUAUGCUGUGCCUUUCUGAGGAGGCUAAGAAUAUACCAUUCUGCCAUUA